AUGGAACAACUUCUUCAACAGAUCGAUAAUAUGGAUGACAAUGUUUUGACAUUAGAAGAGUCAUGGCUUCGUUCAUAUUGGACGCGUUUUACACAAUACGUCGGCUAUUGUACUGAGAAGAUUCUUGGCAAAUCUAAUGAAUGGAGCAAACGUUAUCGGCUUACCGCUGCGUUGAAAAAAGAAAUUCCGGUGACGAUCUAUUACGAGAAUUGUUCUAUUUGUCUCGACCUGAUCCUUGAAAUAUGGAAUACAGAGCCAAAAGCAUGCGUUACGAAAUGCGGGCACAUAUUUCAUUAUGAUUGCCUCAAAGAAUGGUUUACCAAAAAGAAAGAAUGUCCAUAUUGUCGAGCCGAUUUACGAAGUUUGCCUGAACAUGUGCUCGGUCAACGUAUCGGACUUCACCCGAUCAAUGAUGUACUUAAAACUCCCCCUGCAGCUCCAUCUGCGGCUCCACCUACAGCUCCAGCUGCGGCUAUAACUCCAACUCCAACUGUAGCUUCUCAUGUGACUCCUCCUCGACCACUUACACCGUUAGGUGGAGAAGUUGCAGAAUUAUUUUCGUCAGAAGAAUCAAACAAUGCGAACUCUAUUCAAUAA